GGUGUUUGUGGUGUCCCCGUCUGACAUGUCUUUCCUGCCUGCUCGAGUCGAGGCAGCCAUAGGAACGUCUCUCUCCAUCCCGCUACAAGUGAGGGGGGGCGUUACCCUGGGCAGCGGGGAGAAGUCGCUGGAGGCGUUCAGUGAUUGCCGGAAGAUGUCUCUCACCAUUUCCUCGUCUGAACCUUCCAUCUUCAAAAAGAUCUCUAUAGACACCGAGACUGACCCCUCAUCCCUGCCGGAGAAUGCCUGUCUCUCCAUCUCAGCGCUGGCAGUCCUCCCAGGCCACACCAAACUAACAGUCCAGUACUCUCACUCCAACUUCCUCCUGGAGUCAUCCAUCAUCAUCGCCUCCUACCCUCCCCUCACCCCCGUGGACCCUCCCGAUAUCGCAGUUCUCUCUCUCGGGUCUUCGUACGAUUUUGUCUUUGAGGGAGGCCCCGCCCCCUGGGUCCUGGACAAGUCAAAGUACUAUCAGAGGUUGACAGCCGCCGAGCCGGAGUGGGUGGGGCUGUAUGGGCGUGGCAAUGGUGGGGUAGGGGCAGGGCAGCAUGUCUGGAGGGUCGUGUGUCGGGAACUGGGUGAGCAGUCUCUCACACUUGAGGUCGGGAACGCACCGACUCUAAAAAACGCCCACCCUGCCAGUGAGACUGCCGUCGUCCGCGUGUCCUGUGGACUCCCUAUCUCCAUGACAAUGACCCCUGUGGUCGACCUCUCCGAGGAGUGUCCUCUUCUUCAGUCGACCAAUCAGAAUGCGCGAUUCCCCGUCAAGGCGGGGCAGGCUCUAGAACUGGAAGUCAAAGUUUUUGACGAAGAAAACAGAGUUUUCCGAAACUUCUCUUCCCUCAAGUGGACCUGGGGGUCCAGUGACCCGAUUUUACUGCGACCCCCUGCCCAGGGGGCCGGCCUCGUCCAUCGCAGGGGUCAGGGGGAUUUACUGCUGGUACAGCUGAGUCAGCAGUCUGGUUCCGUUGUCAUGACAGCCAGCUCUGAGUCCUACAAACCACACUACCUCGCUGCCGAGAAGAUUCAGAAGGAGGCAGGAUUCUUCCCCGGAGUCAACCACACCCUCUCCCUCCUCCUCCGUCACCCUCCCAUCCUCACACCCUCACACUUCCUCCUCUACAAUCACCACGACAACCACAUCACCAUCAACAUCACCAAUGGCUCAGGUUACUUCCAGGUGGAGCCUGUGAGUGUGGCCAGCCAGAAGGUUGUGGCCACUGCCCUGUACACGGAGAAGCUCCACCAGGUCACUCUCUCUCCGCUCCUUGACGGAGAGGUCACAGUUCGUUGCCGUGACCUCUGCCUCGCCUCCGCUGACGAGGUCGUCGCCACGGUGAUCGUUGCCGGGAUACACUCACUAAGCGUGCAGGUGUCCGAUAAAGUUCAACUGGGGAGUGUUAUUCAGGCAUUCGUUAAGGUUCUUGAUCGCAGGGGAAACCCCUUUACAGCCGACCAGCACAGACUAAUGCAACUUCAGGCUAAUCCGAAAUCUCAUCACAUUGAAACAAGCUCCGUUGCCUUGGAGAUGGCCAAGUCACCUGACCCAAAUUACAGCUCUGGGUUUGAGGUCAUGGGAAAGGCCAUAGGACACACCCACCUCGUUUUCAACGUGACAUCACCAACAGGUCAUGUGAUCUCGAGUCCUCCGGCAGCCAUACAAGUUUUUGACGCUCUGAAGUUGACUCCAAAACACAUCACUCUUGUUCCCACGGCAACCUUCCAGGUACAUGCUAGUGGUGGGCCAAUGUUGGAAGCAGCUGUCAAAUUCUCCAUCUCCAACCCCGGUGUUGCCACGGUGGCAGAAGACACAGGGCUCAUUGAGGCUAUCAAGCCUGGUCAGGCCACCGUCACUGGCAAG